AUGGCUGAAGCACAAAUUUCAUGGCUUCAAAAGCUCGAAGAGCAACUCGAUGUUGAUGUCGACUGGAUGGAUCCCGAAUACAUCAAGUCUCUGCCUAUUAAGCCACACGACCAGACUAGCAACCAGAUCUUUGUGGAUGUUCAAAUGAGCAAUGAGUCCAACAGGGAGCUCCUGGCACAAGUUGCGAAUGAGCUUAAGGAUGAAGGAUGGCUUGCGAUUUACACAAGAAUGGCCUGCCUCAUGUGCAAGAAGAAUAUCGACCUUAUAAGCGGCCGUGUUCUCCUGCAAACUUCCCCCUCUGAAGCAUAUAACAAAGAAAAAACGCUUGAACAUGCCCGUCUCUAUGACGCGGAGUUUGCUCGCGUUGGAAUUACCCGUGACAGGUACUGCAUCAAAAUCCCCUCCACUGGUCCGGGACUCUGCGCCGCCGAGGUUCUAAGCAGAGAGGGAAUACCCACCCUGGGUACAGCACUGUUUGGGUUGCCGCAGGCUGUGGCGGCUAGUCAGGCGGGUUGCAUCUAUAUCAGCCCUUAUUUCAACGAGGUUCGAACUCACAAGGAUAGAAGCGUGUGGACGGAUUAUGAGGAUCCAGCGACGGAGAGUCCCAUGUCGGCGAGGGUGUUUAACAUUCUAGAGGUGUAUAGACGGCUAUACAAAGAGACAGGCAAGGAGCAGCCGUUUCUCAAAAACGCAAGCUUCAUCUCUGUCAAGGAAGCAAUGGCUUGUGCCCACCUUGGCUGCCACUCUGCCACCCUCGAGAACAAGACUCUCGAUGAGCUCGCACUACUUGUAUACGACAGUACCAAACAACCAGGAGAAGUGGCCGCCAAACCAAUUCACGUUUACAAGUCUCCCAAUCCUACGGCCGAGCGAAUCCAGAAACUUGCCAGAACUGAUCCGCUCUCCCCAGGUGGUUGGAACGAUGUCGUGGCAGACACAAGCAUCGACUAUCUCGCGCACAAUGGUGCCGCUCUAGAUGACGCUAUUGCGGCGGAUGCGGUAGCAACGCAGCGUCUCAAAGAUGCACUGGAUGUAUUCGUCAAGGCAGAACAGAGGAGCAAGGCUCGGAUUGAAGAAGCUCUGAAGCUGUAA